CGAUCGAACAGCCAUGAAUUCAUAAUCGUUGAAACGUUGUAGUUGUCGUAUUUCUCUCUCUUUGGUAUCCGUGUCCAUGGCGUUUCACCACAAAAACCAUCUUUCCCAAGACCUUCCUCUCCAUCACUUCACCGACGAGCAGCAACAGCAACAAGAGGAGCAACUGGCGGAAACCGGCUGUCCCAAUUGGUUGAACACCGCCCUCCUACGCUCGCAGCAUCCCCAGCCGCAUGGUGGCCAAUUCUCUGACCAUGGCUUCCUCAACCUUCAUACGGAAGAAACUGGUUCAGACUCCACCUCCACGGUUCGACAAGCUCAAAACCGAUGGCUAUCACGUUCUUCGUCUUUGCUUCUUCACCGCAACCACAGCGACGUCAUCGACGACGUGGCGGCCACCGCAGCAGGAGGUGGUGGGGACUCCAUGAUUGCCGUGGAAUCGGGGGAUUUGAAGAACAGUAAUAGCGAGACUUUGAACAACAACAAGAGCGAAGGUAUCGUAGUGGAAAGUGGAGGAGAUGGGGCCGUGAAUUGGCAAAAUGCUAGGUGUAAGGCGGAGAUACUGGCGCACCCUCUGUACGAGCAACUACUGUCAGCACACGUGUCGUGUCUUAGGAUCGCCACGCCGGUGGAUCAGCUCCCAAGGAUCGACGCUCAGCUGGCUCAGUCGCAGCAUGUGGUGGCCAGGUACUCGGCUCUCGGCGGCGAAGCCCAGAGCUUGGUCGCCGAUGACAAAGAGCUCGAUCAAUUCAUGACGCAAUAUGUUCUGUUGCUAUGUUCAUUUAAAGAACAAUUGCAACAACAUGUUCGGGUCCAUGCAAUGGAAGCUGUUAUGGCAUGCUGGGAGAUUGAACAAUCCUUACAGUGCUUAACAGGAGUUUCUCCGGGAGAAGGAACGGGGGCAACAAUGUCUGAUGACGAUGAAGACCAAGUGGACAGUGAUGCCAACUUGUUUGAUGGAGGUUUCGACGGUCCAGAUUCCAUGGGGUUCGGACCCCUCGUCCCGACGGAGACCGAAAGAUCGUUGAUGGAGCGUGUGAGGCAAGAACUGAAACAUGAACUCAAACAGGGUUACAAGGAGAAAAUUGUGGACAUAAGGGAGGAAAUUUUACGCAAGAGGAGAGCAGGAAAGCUUCCUGGUGAUACAACAUCAGUUUUGAAAGCUUGGUGGCAGGCACAUUCCAAGUGGCCAUACCCUACUGAAGAAGAUAAGGCGAGGUUGGUUCAAGAAACAGGCUUACAACUAAAGCAGAUAAACAAUUGGUUCAUCAAUCAAAGGAAGAGGAACUGGCAUAGCAACCCGUCAACUUCCACCGUCUUGAAGAGCAAACGUAAAAGUAAUGCAGGUGAAAAGUGAAAAACACACGACGGUGACCAUCUUCUCGACUGGAUAUCAAUCGCGGCGGCGAAACGAACACGCUACAUAGAAAGUUUCACAACAGUAUAGGGUUACAUGAAGAUAAGGGCUAAUUAAUUUACACGAUGUUGUGGUGGUGGUCGCAGCCGAUGAAACCCGUGGACGUUGUUUGCAGGUGUGCAUUGGUUGCAAUAUGCUGACUGAUGCAAUAGUUUUAGGGAAGUAUAGGAAAUUAUACUAGUGUAAUUUUAUGAUUUUUGUUAACUUUUUUUUUAUUUUGGGUGUGGUAGUGAGUGUACAGUGCAAUAAAAUUCUGCAUAGUUUGCUUACAGUCAUGCUAGAACAUCAUUAUAAUAGCUUCUUCUCCAGUAUUGUAAUGUAGAGUUUGAAUUUGAAGCAGAAAUGGCAUAUAAAGCGUUCACAUUUGGUUGCAGAUAUGCUUGAAAGCCUUCUUUUAAGGCUUUUUUUCUCU